GUGAUGGGGGUGGGAAUCAGUGACCCGAGGUUAGAAGCUGCUAGUAACCCCCCCUGUUUCACAUGAGCCAGGGGAUUAUGCAUAGAAAGAAGCACAGCAGGGGAGCCAGUUGGCAGUGCAGAGAUAAAAAUCCCUUGGAGGAAGUCAGCAUGAGACUCCAUCAGACAGAAGUACAUUGGGGGUUGGCAGCUAGAAAGGUUAAUGUGAAUGCAUAUUAAUGGAGCCUGGGGAGGAGAGCAAGGGGGAAGCAGCAGCAGCGGCAGGGUGGCUCUGUGUGUGCGUCACAUGCUCACCUGAAAGGGAGGAGUGAGAGGUGGCUCCUCCGUAAACAGAAUUCCUAGCAAACAAAUUGUAUCGGGCGAAAGGGCUGUGCUGUAGCAACGCCAGGAAGAGCCCAUCGAGCUGCUAGCGCUGAAUGGAAUACUCCCUCUCUCUUGCGAUUUGCUCGCUGUAGGAAGGUUGCACUCACUUUUGCCGAAGACCUACAGGACGUGUGCACUUUCCGUCGCCCCUCCUGCGCUCUCUAUGCCCAGGGCAGCGUCUCUUCGGCUCUCCCUAAGGGCUGCUGUGGAGGGAAAAGCAGGAAAUCAGAUGCAGCGGGGAAAAGUUGCAGGAUAUCCCUCAGACUGGAAGUGACACCGGGCUGUCUGCGCGUCUGUCGCAGCCUUCCCUGCUUUACAAACAACAAGGUUUAUCGCGGUAGAUAAGGUGGUGGUGUGAGCCGUGCAUGGAGAUCUGCUGAGCACCCCCUGUACCGGGCCAUGGGAGGCUGCGUGGGGCGACCCCAAGGGGAGAGCCAGAGAUCGCAAUCCAGGGCCUCUGGGCAACAGCGCAAGAGAGCAGGUCGCAAUGAGCCAUUAAAGAAAGAGAGGCCAAGAUGGAAGAGCGACUACCCCAUGACUGAUGGACAGUUGCGCAGCAAGCGGGAUGAGUUUUGGGACACGGCACCUGCCUUCGAGGGGCGGAAGGAAAUCUGGGAUGCUUUGAAGGCGGCAGCCUUUGCAGUGGAAGCCAAUGACCAUGAGCUGGCUCAGGCUAUUGUGGAUGGUGCCAGUAUUACGUUACCUCAUGGAUCCCUAACAGAAUGUUAUGACGAGCUCGGAACCCGCUACCAACUUCCUGUUUACUGCCUGGCUCCUCCCGUUAACCUCAUCAUGGAGAGAAGUGAGGAAGAUGGAACAGAUGCUCUAGAGCCUGCCCCCAACACAAGACGGGAAUUCCAGCUUAAAGUCCGCCUCUCCACUGGGAAGGACGUUAAACUCAAUGCCAGCAUGGUGGAUACCAUUGGCCAACUGAAAAAGCAGCUGCAUGCAGUGGAGGGCAUUGAGCCUUGUUGGCAACGCUGGUUUUUUUCUGGGAAGCUUCUCACAGACAGAAUGAAGCUCCAGGAGACGAAGAUCCAGAAAGACUACGUGAUACAAGUUAUUGUAAACCAGCCACAAGAGACACAAAACUGAACUGGCACAAUGCCCAGCAAAUAUGAAUGUACAUUUUAAUACAAGUACAAUAGGAGGGUGAGGGAAAGGCUGGCUGCUAGGUCUUUAUCUCCUUUCCUGAUGUCCACCUUCCCAAGCAUCGGUCUCUUGCUGAGCGGGGACUGUAUCCUGAAAUGCUGGGGAUGAGGUGAAUGAAUGACCUUAAUGCUGCACUAUGUUUCCCUAAGUCUUUAUUGCACAUGCAGUCCUCCUCAGCUUCUUGUAUGGCUGAGAUUAAUGGGCAGAUACUAUCAUCUUCAGUGUGGCGUUGGGUGGGGAAGACUCUUUUAUACUGUGUAUGCUGGGUUUAUCUUUCAGUACAGGGGUGGGGGAAGAUUUUGGCACUCCAAACUCUGGAGAACUACAGCUCGUAACAGUCUGCUCCAGUGGGGGCUGCUGGGAGUUGUAGAGUUGCAGCAGCUGGGGCCCCAAAGGAUAUAACUGCAACAAAUUUUUUCGUUUUUCUUUAUUUUCUUUUUUUUUUUUCUUUUCCCUGCCUAAAAGUCUACUUGUUUAAAAUUUACUCUCCUAAAAGUCCUAAGGCCCCAGCUUAAUCUGUGUACUACUGAUCCUACAGAACACCAUGGACCUGUUUGGGUAACUUUUUGAAUUUAUUACUGCUCUGAAAGAGGUAUAUAACUCUGUGUAACCACGUCCAUUCCUUUGGGUACUGAUCAGAUUUUAGCAGUAGUCAGGGAGAGUCUGCUUCCUAAUGUGCAGUGCACAGGGGGUCUUUAGGCACCUUGUUUUUGAUUUAGGCAAGUGUACAUGUGCCCUAACCUGCACGCGUUAGUCACUACAAAGCAAAGUAAUACCUGUAAGUUUGUGCUUGACCCCAUGCUACAAGUUUUUCAUAUUGACACAUUCGCCAAACGUGACUGGCUAUGGGUAAGAGGCCACAGCCAUUCAGCUAAAGAUAGACCAUAACCACUAUGUAGAGAAACCAGCACAUCCAAUCUGUCCAAAGAUUCUGCGGAUGAAAAGCCAGAAUUUUCUUUCAGCUCGGCACUCUUGCCUUACUCAUUUAGUGUGCCUGUGUGCACUUGGUCUUAGGCAUAAAGCCAAUUGGAAAGCCAAUGAGCAUUCUGUAAGCAUGUAACCAAUCCACUCCUUCCCUAAUAUGUUGCUUAUACCAGUAUAAACAAUGGUUCCACAAUUAUAGAACAUACCAUGUCAAUAGGUAGGGGUUUAUCUUUCAGUAAAAUACAUUAAUGGCCUGCAGUGUGUGCCCAAAACACUCCUGUGUGGUACUCUCAGGGCUGGUUUAAAAACAAAUGUAAUGAAUGGGAAUACAGAAUACAUAUUAUUCCACAGUGUAACAAUUGUUUCAUAUUCUUAGUAUCUACAUGUGGGCUAGACAACCUGUGGCCCUCCAGCUGCUGUAUUAUCUAUAUCUUUCAGAAUCCCACAAACUGCUGAAUGCUGUCAGAGGAUGGUGCAAUGUUGUUUUAUCUAUAUUCUUCCCCCACCCCACCUCAGGUUAAUGCCCCCUCUUCUCUAAGUGUAGCCAUAAUUAACCUCAGGCUAAAAAGCACUAUGUCCCCUUUUGCUCAUAGCAAUAUAAACAAGUAGUUUUCUCAUCCUACUGUAUUCUCAACCGACAAACACCAGAGUACAAGUAGCCCUUCAUGGGCUCUGAAGCUGUUGAGGAGCAUCUGGAAAUUCAAGAGAAUAGGGUGGUAAUACAAACUGACACCCACUUAUUUGGUUUAUAUGGCCCAAUCUGCAAAUGUGUGCUCAGUGCAGCCACAAAUGAAUGGAUACGGAGGGUUCCUGGGCAAUAAGGUUGGCCUAAUACUGUAUAAAUAGGUCAGUUCUGCCACUCUAAUAAAACAAAGAAAACCCAGUAGGUUAACCUUCACUUACAAAGUGUGCCAACUUAGUCAUAUGGACACCAUUAUCUUUUAAGACUGCCCAAUCAGUAUCUGAAUGAGUUUUUAAAAAUAUGUUAAGUGGGAGGAAAGUAUGAAAAGGGAGCCUUGUACUUUAUUCCUGGUCAGUGGCAGGUGUAAAGUACAGGCAUCCCUUGUGCCUCUGCCAUAGUGCAAAGUGCUUUCUCUAUGGUGCCUUGGCACGUGCAGGUUUGUGCUUAGUGCUGUGCUGGAGGAUUCUGAACAGCUGGAGGGCUGGGGGUUUCCUAUCCUUGGCCUAUUGUAGCAAGAGCGGAUACCCACAACUUCUUAGUUUCUUAUUAGAGGAUGCAAAUCUUUCUCCCACCAUGUGCCUACAUGCAGACGUCCAUAUUUCUUUUAAAUAAACCUUUUAAUAGAACUCUGUAUCUUGUUUUAAUCAUUUUAAUUGAUCAAACAGUGUUGCCUCUUGAACAAAACAGAGUAAGCAAUAAAAUCUGAAUUUGUUUUAAUGUCACAUCUUGUGCACGGGUGAUGGUAGGCCCUUUGGGUGCUGUUCAAUGACAACCUUGGAUAUUCCAUUGACAGACCAAGGCCUGUGAUUGUUAUGAGGGAGCUGUAGUUCAGCAGCUGCUGGAGGGGGAUGCUGUUUACCCAUAAAUUUCUUAUGUUAUUGUGAAUAAGUAAGUAGAUUUUUUUUAGUGACAAGCCGAGGAUGCUGGGAUUUUUAGAUCCCCCUAAAGAUGGAGGGCCACAGGUUGGCCAUGUGUCUCUUUCAACUAGGACUUUGUAACUUACCCAGAAAUUGGAGGAUGCUGGCAGUUGUAAUUCGGACACAGGUAGAGGGGCACAGUUUACAGACCUUUGUUCUUUACAUUGGUUUGUAAUGUUAAUCUGACUACUUUUAUAGUUUUGGAAUUAAAGGUUAAAUAUUCCUCUGUCUUCAUAAGUUAUUUAUCUUGCUUUAAUUAUACAUUGUGAAGGGCACAAAUUAUUGUGUGCACAGCAACUUCCCUUUCUCCUUAUUUGCAAACAUACAUGUAUGUAGGGAGGGCGCAUUCUGUGCAUGCAGUAAGCAGCGCUCGCUUAUUACUUCCCAAGAAAAAAUAUAUGCAAGAUAUACUUUACUUACAAAUAAAUUAUAUUUCUCUUUUAAUUAAAAAAGGGCACAAUAAUAGCUGGAUGUUCACUCUGUACACACUGUAUAGUUACAAUGUGAUGUUUAUCCACUAGCUGACCAGCUGCCUGUAUAUUCAUUUGUUUUAGAGAUUCCGUGCAACGACAAACUCUGUUUCACUCUCCUCAUCUGUUGGUAAUUCACACUUACGGUUUUUAAGCAAUACCUGUUUUUCUGUAUUGUACCCCCCAAAAAGAUACUUGAAAAUGACAUGUUCAUCUCCAUGUCUCUCCGGAUAAAAUAUUUGUAAAUAAAUCAAUUCAUACAGAA